AUGACACGAAUUUCCCUGCUGGACCGUUUGAUCGAUCCCCUUCCAAUUAAGGCAAAAGGCUGGCCAAAGGGGGCCCUUAGGUUGGCCAAAAGCUCUGUUGUUCGAUCGACCCGCCGCGACUUCUCUGAAUUCGAGCACAUCAUCGCUGAAGAGGAGGCUAAGGCUCGAGCCGACCUUCAAAAUCAUCAAAAACCGCCGCCUUCAACAGCUCCAGCAGCCAUUAAAGUGACACGAAUAACUUCAACAGCUAUUGGCCUCGAUGCUGUUGAUCUACCUAGUUCUUAUAAACCUGGCGGCAAGGCCCCUGGAGCUUACAUGCGUUUUGCAACCGCAAUUGAAGAUGAUGACGAAAAUGACGGAAUUACGGCCUGA